AUGUUGGGCUGGGUCCAGAAGGUGCUGCCCCAGCCUCCAGAGAGCCUGCAGAGGACCGAGGAGGAAGCAGAACCAAUGCCAGAACCAGAGCCGGAGCCUGAGGCAAAACCAGAACCUGAGCCAGAGCCUCAACUGGAGCCAGAACCUCAGCUGGAGCCAGAGCCACCUAAAACAGCCCCUGAAGAGGAUGUGCCAGAGGUCCAGACCCUGCCACCUGAGGAGCCAAUGGAAGGGGAGGGCAUAGCUGAGGCUAGCCCUAGCCUUCAAGAGGCCCAGGAAACUGACCCUCCUCAGUCUACCCUCCAGGCCCAGGUUGCUGUUGCCAAGGUGAACAGUCCCAGCGCCUGGGUACUGACCUGGUUCUGGAAGGGCAUGGAGAGGGUCGUGCCACAGCCUGUCUACAGCAGCAAGGGGAGCCAGAACGUGGCUGCUGGAGUAGGAGACACAGAUCAGGCUGGAGCACAGAUUCUGGGACCCUGUGGCACUGAGGAACCAGAUGGCUCAGAUGAAGCUUCCAGAGCUCAAGAUACUGAGCCCAGCAUGUGGCUGAUCAGAUGGCUUGAGCAGAACCUGGAGAAAGUGCUGCCUCAGCCCCCCAAACCCUCUGAGGCCUGGAGAGCUGAACCUGAGGCUACUGUCUUGGACCCAGAUCCUCCAGAACCCCGGAUGGAGACAGAGCCCACAGACAGUCCCUCCCAGACGAAUCCUGGAACCCUGGAGCCCGAGGAGGAGCCAGAUGCAGAGCCCCAGCCUGGUUUACAGACCGCUUCCUUGCCACCACCUGGGGACCCUGUCAGACUGAUUGAGUGGCUCCUGCACAGGCUGGAGAUGGCCCUGCCACAGCCUGUGUUCCAUGGGAAAACUGCAGAGCAGGAGCCUGGCUGCCCUGGGACCUGUGAUGUGCAGACCAUCAGCAUCCUCCCCAUGGAACAGGUGGAGCAUGAUCUUGUCCUGGAGGAGGUGGACCCCUGCUGGGAGGACAUCCAGCAGGAGGACAGUGCCAGCCAGCAGGAGGACAAGGCAGCUCCAGUUUCUGAAGAAGAAAGCGAGGCCAUGGUGGAGAUGCCCAGGAAGUUGCCCCAGAUUCAAGAGGAAAGAGAAGAUGAGGAGGAGGAAGAAGAGGAGUACGAGGAGGAAGAGGAGCCUAUUGUCCUGCUGGAUAGCUGUUUGGUGGUGCAGGCUGAUGUGGACCAGUGCCAGCUAGGCAGGACAGAGCCACAGAUAGCAUCACUCCAGGAGUUGCCAGAGGAGGAGGAGGUGGAAGAGGAGGUAGAGGAGGAGGAGGCUACCAGCUCUACAGGUAGGAGUGACGUUGAAAGGAUCCUCUGGGGACCUUCAGGCUGGUGGCAGCUUGGAUCCCCAGGGCCACACCUCUGCCUGCCACCUUCUCGACCCAGUACCAUGGCUAAACCAGGCCUGAAUAUGGAGCUGAAUCGCUUGGUUCAGGACCAGCCACCUGGCCAGGAGGGCCCCAGGCCUGGCCCCCCAAACCCAGCCGAGCACCUCCCCAAUGUGCCCAGCUAUCGUCCAACAAUUACCCGCAUUCCUGUCCUCGCUUCCCGGAGGACAACCUUGUCCAACUCCAGCUUCGCCAAGGAGACCAGGAGCUCCAUCCGUCGCCUGGUACCAGCCACGAAAGAGCAUCCAGAGCUCCAGGUAGAAGACACAGAUGCUGACAGUCGCCCCCUCAUCCCAGAGGAGAAGCUUCCUUCACCGGAGAGACCACCGUCUCCUUCAAAAUCUGACACCCUCAGGGUCCCUGGCUCUGCUGCAGCAGCCCACAGGAAGAAGCUACCUUCUCAGGAUGACGAAGCUGAAGAGCUCAAGGCACUGUCACCAGCAGAGUCCCCAGUGGUGGCCUGGUCAGACCCUACCACCCCACAUGAGGCUGAUGGCCAGGACCGUGCAGCCUCCACAGCCAGCCAGAACAGUGCCAUCAUCAAUGACCGGCUCCAGGAGCUGGUGAAGCUGUUUAAGGAACGGACCGAGAAGGUGAAGGAGAAGCUCAUUGACCCUGAUGUCACUUCCGAUGAGGAGAGCCCCAAGCCCUCCCCAGCCAAGAAGGCUCCAGAGCCAGCCCCAGGCCAGAAGCCUGCAGAGGCAGAGGCAGCAGAGGAGGAACACUACUGCGACAUGCUCUGCUGCAAGUUCAAGCGCAGGCCCUGGAAGAUGUACCGGUUCCCCCAGAGCAUCGACCCACUGACCAACCUCAUGUACAUCUUGUGGCUGUUCUUUGUGGUGCUGGCCUGGAACUGGAACUGCUGGCUGAUUCCUGUGCGAUGGGCCUUCCCGUACCAGCAGCCAGACAACAUCCACUUCUGGCUGCUGAUGGAUUACCUGUGUGACUUCAUCUACCUCCUGGACAUCACCGUGUUCCAGAUGCGCCUGCAGUUUGUCAAAGGCGGGGACAUCAUUACAGACAAAAAGGAGAUGCGUAAUAACUAUCUGAAGUCUCGCCGGUUUAAGAUGGACCUGAUCUGCCUCCUGCCCUUGGACUUUCUCUACUUAAAACUCGGAGUGAACCCCCUCCUUCGCCUGCCCCGCUGCUUGAAGUACAUGGCCUUCUUCGAGUUUAAUAACCGAUUGGAAGCCAUCCUCAGCAAAGCCUACGUUUACAGGGUCAUCAGGACCACUGCCUACCUGCUGUACAGCUUGCAUCUCAACUCCUGCCUUUACUACUGGGCAUCGGCCUUCCAGGGUAUCGGUUCCACUCACUGGGUUUACGAUGGCGUGGGGAACAGUUACAUCCGAUGCUACUACUGGGCUGUGAAAACUCUCAUCACCAUUGGAGGGCUGCCCGACCCCCAGACACUCUUUGAAAUUGUCUUCCAGCUGCUGAAUUAUUUUACAGGUGUCUUCGCUUUCUCUGUGAUGAUUGGACAGAUGAGAGAUGUGGUGGGGGCUGCCACAGCAGGACAGACCUACUACCGCAGCUGCAUGGACAGUACAGUGAAGUACAUGAACUUCUACAAGAUCCCCAGGUCUGUGCAGAACCGUGUCAAGACCUGGUAUGAGUAUACCUGGCAUUCACAAGGCAUGCUGGAUGAGUCAGAGCUGAUGGUGCAGCUUCCAGACAAGAUGAGACUGGACCUGGCCAUCGAUGUAAACUACGACAUUGUCAGCAAAGUGGCGCUCUUCCAGGGCUGUGACCGGCAGAUGAUCUUUGACAUGCUCAAGCGUCUUCGCUCAGUUGUCUACCUGCCCAAUGACUAUGUGUGCAAGAAGGGGGAGAUUGGCCGAGAGAUGUAUAUCAUCCAGGCGGGGCAGGUGCAGGUCCUGGGUGGUCCAGAUGGGAAGGCCGUUCUGGUGACACUCAAAGCCGGAUCAGUGUUUGGAGAGAUAAGCUUGCUGGCUGUGGGGGGCGGGAACCGGCGCACGGCCAAUGUGGUGGCCCAUGGGUUCACCAACCUCUUCAUUCUGGACAAGAAGGACUUGAAUGAAAUUUUGGUACAUUAUCCUGAAUCUCAGAAGCUACUCCGGAAGAAGGCCAGGCGCAUGCUGAGAAACAACAACAAACCCAAAGAGGAGAAGAGUGUGCUCAUCCUGCCCCCACGUGCAGGCACCCCGAAGCUCUUCAACGCCGCCCUUGCUGCAGCAGGAAAGAUGGGUGCCAGGGGAGGCAAGGGUGGCAAGCUCGCCCACCUGAGAGCCAGGCUCAAGGAACUGGCUGCCCUGGAGGCAGCAGCACGACAGCAGCAGCUGCUGGAACAGGCCAAGAGCUCGCAGGAAGCUGGGGGAGAGGGCUCUGGAGCCCCGGACCAACCUGAGCCCCAAGAACCACCGGAACCCAAGAAGCCCCAGGAACCUUCAGAGUCCCAGGAGCCCCCGGAACCCCCUGCCCGGAGCUCUCCACCGCCGGCCCCGGGGAAGUCCGAGGAAGGUACUGAGGAGGCUGUGGCUGGGCCCUCGGAGCCCUCGGUGAGGAUCCGUGUGAGCCCAGGCCCGGAUCCAGAGGAGCAGACACUGUCUGUGGAGAUGUUGAAGGAGAAGGAGGAGGAAGUGGACUGA